CGUUCUCUUUCCCCCCCUCUCUCUCUCUCUAGUUAUCGCUUGAGAGCGGGGUUUUUUGCCCUAAUUUGUGAUCUUGUACAAAAACGCCCAAAAUCGCCAAAAAUCGCCUCAAAAUCAAUUCAAAUCGCUUGUUACAAAGUGGGGGGAAGAAUAGCCACGAGUCUUGGCCGCUGUGAAGACGUUAAGCAGUUGUGGAGCUUAAUGCAAUUUGAGGGACUCAUAUCAAAAUAUGAAGAUGUGAGGGACUAAUGCGAAAAUAGGAAUUGAAAAAAAAAAAUUCAUCAAAGAAUUUUCUUUUUUAAUACCUUCAUAUUGGAGUGGUGGCAGAAAAUGGCUACAGGCUUGAUAAAUGCUAAUCCUAUAGUUUAUGAGAGAAAAGAACGCCGAGUCCGGGAUUCACCAAUAGACACUGAUGAGUAUGCAGAAGAGCCCAUCGAUCAGCUUGAGAUUUUUGAUCAUGUUAGAGAUAUAAAAGAUCCCGAGCACCCAUAUUCAUUGGAAGAACUGAAAGUCGUUACUGAGGACUCGAUCGAAGUCAAUAACAAGCAAAGUCAUGUUAGGGUGACCUUUACUCCUACGGUUGAGCAUUGUAGUAUGGCUACCAUCAUUGGUCUUUGUUUACGUGUAAAACUUAUGCGGAGCUUGCCUCCUCGUUAUAAGGUGGAUAUCAGGGUAGCACCUGGGACUCAUGCAACUGAAGCUGCUGUGAACAAGCAAUUGAAUGACAAAGAACGUGUAGCAGCUGCAUUGGAAAACCCGAAUCUUGUGGAAAUGGUCGAUGAGUGCUUGGCUCCCACCUUUGAAUGAUGCCCUGAUGUUUCUUUCAGCAUUAACAAAAUAUUGAAAGAUUUGAGUCGUGUCGAGAUCUUUCAUAUCUGCUUAGCCCUCUCCACCAUUAAUACACGCAUAGGAGUUAUGGCUCUUUUAUGCUUACAUACAAGAUAUUUGUAUAUUUUCUGUUGCUGUGUCAAACAUUUGGCUUUCCUGAGUUGAUUAUUGAACCAAAGAUGGUUAUUAUACUACAAGUGAUUAUUCUGCUAUUAUAGAAGCCAGGUUGAGGUGAUGAUGCAUUCUUUAAACAUGAGACCCCAUAUGCUGGAGACUCAAUAAUCGGGAACCUUAGAUGUUGAUCAUUAGUGCAGGGUAUGUUUUGUUGAGGAAUCUACAACAUGAAGUUCAGACUGCCCUUUUUCGUACAAGUAGUAUAUGUUGUAAGCUUCAUCUCGCCCAUUAUCAAUUCAUCAAAUGUGGAUAUGAUAUUAUUGGGAACUUGAUUGCACUGAACACUUUUCUUGAUUGAAGUUAUCUUUGUUUUUUUAAGUA